CAAAGUCACUUUGCGGACGUCGCAGUUGUGAGGUGUUCCGCGGAGUCAGUUGUGAAAAUUCCAGUAAAAUCACCGAAAAAACGCGUUCAUAUCCACAAUUCGGAUAAAUAAAAACUGGCCGUGUUCGGUGCGAAGGACGAGUGCAUGGAAAAUGUGAAAUUUCAGUGAAUUCCCCAUAGUUUUCCGCAUUUGACCUCCAUUCGUCGCGAUUGUCGCUGUGACCGAAGGGAGGCAAAGAAAAUUUUGUGAAUCGAUCGAUAAUCCUCUUGUCGCGUCGACACACAGGAAAAUUGCUUGGAGUUUUGCAGUUGGUUGUGAACAAGUGGAAAACAAAUGGAGUUUAUGCGUUACACGGGGGCUGAGUAGCAGCAGCGAGAGCCGCGUUUCAGUGGAAUAUGCAAUUUUCUGGCGACUUUUCUGUUCCGCAGUAACAAUCAGAAACUGUAAAUCCAAUCACCGCCUAUACGUGUGCCAAAAUGAAUGUCAUGCGUAAGUUACGUGGUGGAAGCGGAGGAAGCUCCGAAGAUCCCACGGCCGACACAUCACAUACUCAACUCAGUUUGAUGCAUCUGAAGAAAUUAUUCAACGAGUAUACGCAUCCAAAGGAGCCACUCAGCGAAACGGAAAGAGAUAUGAAAUUGUAUAAUAUGCUGCCAUUAUUUUGCAAGGUCUUCAGUACAACACCAGCGUCAGACAUGAGCGAGAAGUUUUGGGAUAUUGUAGCGUUCUGCCAGCAAGUUUCGCGUCUUAUGGUCUCGGAAAUCAGAAAACGAGCAUCAAACCAAAGCACUGAGGCUGCUUCGAUAGCUAUUGUGAAAUUCCUGGAAAUUGAGAAUUGCGAGGAGUCGAGCAGUGGAUGGAUGCUUUUGUCAACAUUAAAUUUGCUAGCCAAUGGGGAUAUUUCGCUCAUACAGGUUAUGACCUCUGCUUCGGUCCCUUCAACGCUCGUCAAAUGCCUGUAUUUAUUCUUCGACCUGCCUGACGUUGAAGAGGAAACUGUCGAUACGACAAGUGAAUUUACGGCAAUUGAACGUCGCACGCUGCUACAGAAAAUAUUUGUUCAGGUUCUAGUCAAAUUAUGCUCAUAUCCGUAUCCGGCGGAAGAACUCGCUCGUAUGGAUGAUCUAACACUGCUAUUCUCUGCUAUUACAUCACAAUGUCCGCCGCAUAAUGUAAUGUGGCGUAAAAGUGCCGCUGAAGUGCUUACCACGCUAUCACGUCAUGGACUCACGGAUCCUGUUGUCAAUUAUAUACACACCAAGGGAUGCAUGGCUCUCUGUGUCGAUAACAUGCAACGUCUACCACAGCUUAAUCCCCUCGAGGUUGUCGAAAUGUUUGUUACUGUUUUCUGUUUCCUGAAAGAUUCUAGUCAAGUGUCACAGAUACUAUUGGAUGAUUUUAAAGCAUCACAAGGAUAUCUCUUCCUAUCCGAUUUCUUAUUAAAACUGGAAACUGAUCGUCAACGAUCGAUCGAGGUGCAAGCAGCUAUUCGUAAUUUAGUUCUUAUGAUCUCAUCGCUCUGCAUGUGUGGCUACACUGAACUGCGACCGACCCAAACUCAAAACAAUACACUUUUCAAAAUGCAAAACUUUCAAAUGCCCCAGGCCUCAUCCCGAGAGACUUGUGUACGAAAUAUUUAUGCGUUUCAAGUGCUGCAAACAGUUUUUCUGAAGUCAACGUCACCAGCAUUGUGUUGUACAAUCCUAGACGCCAUCUCAAGUGUCUAUCACUCCGACAAUGCAAAUUACUUCAUCCUUGACUCUGAAAAUACUUUAAGUCAAUUUACGGAACGCAUUCAUCUGAAAGGACAUCAAAUACAGGAAAAGUUUUUCGAUUUGCUUGAGUUUAUUGUGUUUCAGCUGAACUUUGUACCUUGCAAGGAAUUGAUAUCGCUGUCAAUUCUGCUGAGAGGAAAUCAAUCGACAAAUUGCAGUAUUUUGUGCUUGAAGACGCUACUGAACAUAUUAAGGCAUAAUAAUGUAUUCAAGGACGUGUAUCGGGAGGUUGGCAUCCUCGAGGUGUUCGUCACAUGUCUUAUGCGAUACUCGGAGUAUGUGCGGAAAAUCACGGACGGGAAUGAAAGCGUCGAGUUGGAAUUGCUUGAAGACAAUAAUGACGUUCUGGGCAAGCACGUGUUAGAGGCUUUGACUCUUCUCCUCAGUGGGAACAAUAAUAAUGCGAACGUUUUUCGAGAGAGUGGUGGAGCGAAAUGCAUACACGAUUUAGUAAAAUUCAAACACUGUCGCCCUCAAUCGCUUGGAAUUAUACGAGAACUUAUUCUGUCACAAGGCGGUGAUGACGAUAUGCUCUUCAUCUUGAGUACAAUGCACUCAGUGCCUGCCCAUCAAGUGGAAUUCAAAAUUCAAAUUUUGAAUAUGUUGCUGGGUUGCUUGAAAGAUAGUCAUAGGACGCGUACAGUAUUUCGGAAGGUGGGAGGAUUCGUCUACUUGACAAGUGUUUUCGUGUCACUAGACGGAAAGCUGAACGAUAGCCUGGAUCAAAAUGAGGAAAGUGAAAAUCAAAUAAGUCAAUUCGACUUGAUACUGCUUCUGCAAAUUGUGUGUCAGACAUUGGCAACAGCGAUGAGAUUUGAACCGGCCAACGCCAAGUUUUUCCAUCAAGAGAUUUGCAAUGCAUCUCUUUGUGAGACACUUCGACUUCUAGGAUGUUUUGGGAGCAAGUCAGAACUUCCCAAUUGCGAGGAUGGCCUUAAAACGACAGAAGGAUGGUUGAAAUAUUUCCACGAGAUAUUUGGCGGUGAGAUUUUAAGUCUGAGCUUCUCAGAUGACAUUCCAAAGUCUCUGUCGUACGCUUGUAUAAUAUAUCGUCUGCUCUAUAGCAUCGCAUUAGACAAUUUCGAUAAACCCAAUCUAAAUGGAGUCAUUUCUUUGUUCGCUACACAAAAUCUAAAAUCACCGUCACAGGAAAUGCCUCCAGCUGUACCAAAUUUACUCAAUUUAACUCAACCGACGCCAGAACCGCGAAUAGUUCAUCCAGGUGUUGUGAUUUGCAUGCUACAGCUUCUUCCGUCAGUUUAUCAUACAAUUGAAGUAGAGAAGGCGCUGCAUCUCCAAAUCUAUUUGGCGGAGGUGAUUAAAAGUUUGGUCAGAAGCGAGAGAAAUCAACAAAUCAUGUGCGAUCAUGGCUUGGCUGAUCAUCUUCUGAAAGUUGGACGGACAGCUCUUAGUGAGGAGCAGAAUCCUCUCCACGUACCGUUGCAAUAUAUCCUGGAGAGAUUGGCCGCUCAAGCGUUGCAACCAACUGAGUUACGAGAAUUUCUCCGUUUGGGCAACCCUCUCUCCUGCGAUAAUAUUGAUUUGAGCAAACCGUAUCGCUUAGGAGGUCCGGUGCCUUUGACUCGGAUCAAGACGCUCGUCUCAAUGACGACGCCUCGUGAUUUCCGAGCUCAUGCAUCGAGCACUUUGCCACCUUUUGUUGAAAUGGAUAUGAGUGCGGAAGGUUUUGGUUGUCUCUACCUUCCCAGUCUAGCACCGCAAGCUUCAAAUACAGGUGGAACAAUCGACGCAAACACAAUAGGCGGAAUCGGAGCUGGGGAUCGAAUAUUUCCACCCCAAACCGGACUCACAUAUUCAACCUGGUUUUGUGUGGAGAAAUUUUCAGAUUCAAAAACGGAUCCGCAUUCCGUCCGCUUAUUGACGUUGGUUAGGACAAUAAAUAGUCCACGUGAAGAGAGUUUGGUUUGCCUUACUAUUUUGUUGUCGGCAAGGGAUAAAGCGAUUGUGGUGUCUACCCAGGAAACUUUGGUUACUCCCAAUAUCGGAGAUUGGGAGCCUGAAGGAAAUGAUGAUAACAGUGCGAGAAUUUGGUGUCCUGACCUUCUGCAUGAAGGACAAUGGCAUAACCUUAUCGUUGUUUUGAAUCGAGCCGUUUUGAAAAAUUCUAGUUUUUCCCUAUUCUUGGAUGGACUUCACAUGCACACCCAGAAACUCCAUUACAUAUCACAAAAUCCCGGAGCUGGCUCUGCGAAUUUGACGAUAGCUAAUCAAGUCUACGGAUACAUUGGUACCCCGCCGAUUUGGAGAAGAUAUUCGCGCUUAUAUUGGAAACAAGGCGUUUGUCAUCUUCUUGAGGAUGUCUUGACACAUCAGACAGUUUCAACGAUCUUUUCACUUGGCCCACAUUAUAUGGGCUCGUUACAGGCUCCUCAAAUAGGAAAACAAAGCGAGCCCUUGGCACCACUUGUACCCGAGGAAAGAGUUCUUCUAGGAUUGAAUGCAAAGGCUGUGUCGCAGUUAACUCUAGCAAAGAUACGUAAAGUUUACAGUCGGAUGGAUAAUAAAUCAAUAGCGAAGCAGUUAGGAAUGAAUUCGCAUGAGAAUGCCACCCCUAUCAAGAUUCUUCACAACUCUGCGGGUCAUUUGGCAGGCCCAGGUCGAUCUCUAGGUGGAGUUGUAGUCGGUUAUCUAGGUGUGCGAGUGUUCAGUCCUCAUCCAGUUUCUGCUAUGAUUGAUACUGUCGGUGGAUGCAACGUAUUGCUAGGUAUUAUUGCUAUGGCUCAAGAUGUGGAGAGCCUGUACGCAGGAGUGAAGGCGCUAACUUGCGUUGUGAGAAGUAAUCGAGCCGCGCAAAGUGAAAUGGAUCGAAAACGGAGUUAUCAGACCCUGGCAAUGUUCUUCAAGAAAAAGAAAAAUCUUCUGAAUAGUCAUAUUUUGCAUUUGACAUUCAGUCUAGUAGGGACAGUUAACAGCGGACAGGAGAUGUCGGCUAUUCCGAAUAUUACAGCGUUCCAGGACUUACUUUGUGACCUAGAAAUCUGGCACGGGGCUCCCAACGGUCUUCUCCGUUCACUCUUAGAGCACCUUCUCGAGCUUGCAGUUGAAUCCAAUGAAAAACGAACAAACAUAAAAAUCAUGCGUGAACUUCAACUGAUAACGAAACUGCUGCACAUCAUCACCGAAGUAACCGACCACGCCACUAGAGAAAUUCUUUUUACUUUGAUCGAAACGUUGCUCGGUGGACAACCCAGGCACAGUGAUCUCCUCCUAUUUGGACAAUACAUCGCAGCUAAACUUCCAAAACUCGACAAUUUGGAAAAGGCAUCAAUUGUCCCAGCAAUGAAUGUGGAUGACGUUACAGCUCAGAAUAUAUACCUGCGUAAUCGAUGCUUGUCCCUAUUGCACGGCCUACUUUUUACAUCUCGAAAUACAGUAAAUUAUGUUAUAUGUGAUGACAUUUCUAAGAUCUUAGGAUUCGAUUGGCUGUUGCUCUUCAUGCAACCUCAAGUACAUUUUACGUCGGUGAUCAUAGCAGUGAGAAUACUAGUCGUGAUUUGUGCUAAUGAGAGCUUUCUUCUGAGAUUCCGGGAUAGCACGCACAACGGCGGUUAUUUGAAAUUCACGGAGCUAAUCUCACAGAAGAAAAACAUUUGCUUAGCUUCCACAAAACUAACAUCAUCGACCCAAGCGAAUGGUACUGUCUUGGUCCAACAAAACUCACAGCUUCCUUCACAAAUUGCUGGAGAAGUGAGAACUGCAAUUCUACAUAUUCCUGGCUUCCAGAUGCUCGAAUAUCUUCUGCAGAACCACUUAGACGUUCCGGAGCUAUAUUUUCUCAUAACAGCCUUAAUCAUGGGACAACCAGUGAAAUUGUUGGCAUCGGAACACACGAAAUUCGAUUUGGAUCGUGUUUGGUCGUUCCUGUGGGGCGCACCCGUUUCUCAUGCUUCAGCUUCGGCAGUGGCACCAAAAGUAAACGUCUGUCCCGAAGCUGUAUGUGUUCUUUUGGGAAUGGUACGAGCUAUCGUUCAUUCUACGGAGUCAGUAGAAUGGUUGCAUAAUCACCCGGAGACUAUAAUUCAGGUUCUAUUUUCCCUGUAUCAUAAUCUCCCCGAUUUUAUGCCAGUUAUGAUGUCUGCCGAAGUUAUAAAUUCGUUGGUUGCGAUUCUAUUUCCGAUUCCGAAAGAGCAAGACUCUGAACCUAACAGUGGAGCGUCAACUCCUGAAGACAAAUCUCUAAGUGGCUGCGUUAUAAUCAAUCCUGCGUUACAUCAGGAGGUCCAACUUACAACGCAUUCUGUGAGAAAGUUUGUAAUUGAUUUUCUGCGAGUUAUUGUUGUCGAUUCACUGAGCCUGUCUAUGCACGGUAAAACUACUCCUGUAAUUGAUUUGGUGUUAGAUGCGUCGCCCGAAGCAGCCGAUAUGGCGCUGCAGAUCGAAUUCCAAACAGAAAUAACUACAGCCUUGAUUGAACAUCUGUUAGCCGCGGACGUGUUAGUUGGAGAACAGGCAGCGCUGCCGAUAGUACCGUUGCUACAGUCUCACGUUCAAAAUAUUGCUCCAAACGUGUUUUACUUCACUGCAAGGGUUGUGGAUAAAUUAUGGCAAGGAUGCUUGAGUAAAAACCCGCAUGAUAUUUUCGAUUUCAUAAUAAAGUUGAUUGCUCAAGCGAAGAGGAGGUCAUCGGCUCUUUCUCUUGAACAAUUGCAUCAUUCAUUGAACAGGACUAUUUUGUAUCUCCUCUCUCGCCCCACGGAAUCAAUCACCGAACAAAUGUCUGUUUUGGAGGCUCUACACAAAAUCAUAACACAUCGACUACUUAUUUUCGGAGCUGGCAAUCAUGAACUUGAUUUUAUUGGAUGUCUGACCUACUGCCUUUUACAACUGACAUCAGAUAUGAAAAUCAUCUUAGACACUGGAUCCGGAAGUCGGAGUACUACUUGGCACGUGAAUCCGCAGAAUGAACUCAUCGAAUCCCGAGAUGAUCAUUUGAAUCAACUGCAAGGUCGAAAUUUGAUUGUGAGUGCGUCAUUUCGUGUUUGGGAGGAGCUGUACGUAUGCAAGAAGCCUGCCAUUGAGGAAGUGUUCAAAGCGACUCUCACUACGCCAACAAACAAUUCCAAAGCUCCAGAUUUGAAUGCUACUCGCGAACAGGUUAUGGAACUAGCGUCGAAAUUGUGGUUCAAUUAUGUUGACGCCGAGAGAAAAGCAUCAUAUCGAAUGCCAUGGGAACUGCACAAUCAGAUACAAUCGAAGAUACAGAAGGUAACCGGAGGAUUGACGCGGUUGGCUAGUCGGACUAAAGUUAAGAAAGAUGAAUUGGUUAGAACUAAAUCAUCAAUCAGCAGAUAUCAUGCAUUCGAGGGAACAGCGGUUCAUGUGCAAUUGAUAAGAGAUCUUUGGGAUAUGCGAUGCAAACAGCAUCAUCAGAUGAUUCAACAUACUCAACGAUACGUUUACCAAGACUGGAUACAAUCCGAAAUAGAACUGACUCGAGAACGUGGUCUUUGGGGGCCGGAAAAAGGUUCAACUUUGGAGAAGUGGAUGUUGGAUUCGACUGAAGGGCCUCAUCGGAUGCGUAAAAAGACAAUGCGAAAUGAUCUAUUUUAUCUACAAUAUCCAUAUCGACCAGAAAUUGAUCUCCCAGACAAUCGUCAACUAAAAUAUAAAGUUGCCACAAGCUUUGAUAGUAAAAUCUACUACAUUCAUUGCCAACAACCACCGCGAAUAUUAUGCGAAACGGAAGGUAACCAUUCCGAAAACGGCAAAGUUCUAGCCAAACAUGACAUAAACUCACCUCCGCAAAGUCCAACUGAACCAGCGCAUAGUGAUUCGAUAGAAGGCCCUACACAUGAGGAUCUCGACGAGGAAGAAGAGGACGUAUCGAUGGUUGCAGAUAAUCAAACAUUCCUGAGGCUUCUUGAGGAACAGGAGAAAAUAUCGUACAUGUUCAGAUGCGCACGCAUACAGGGGUUGGAUACAACAGAAGGGCUACUCCUUUUCGGCAAGGAACACUGCUAUAUUGUGGAUGGUUUUACGUUGCUUAAGAACCGGGACAUUCGCGAUAUUGAUACAUUGCCUCCAGGAGCUUAUGACCCGAUUAUACCUAAUGCAGGAGGCGGAACCACUAGGUCGCAGAAAAUGAGACAGUGUUCAAAGUUUUCGUAUGAGGAAAUACGAGAGGUUCAUAAAAGACGAUACCUGCUGCAGCCAAUUGCGUUAGAAGUGUUUUCCGACGAUGGCCGUAAUUAUUUGUUAAGUUUUCCAAGAAAGGUUCGCAAUAAGGUUUAUCAACGAUUCCUAUCCCAUGCAACGGCUAUUGCGGACAAUGCUCAACAAUCAGUCGCAGGACAAAAAAGAACAGCAAGUGUCGAACAAACGUCUGGCAUUUUCAGUAGCUUGAUUGGUGAGACUUCUGUAACACAAAGAUGGGUGCGUGGUGAAAUUUCCAACUUCCAAUAUUUGAUGCAUUUGAACACGCUCGCCGGCCGCUCUUACAACGAUCUCAUGCAAUAUCCUGUAUUUCCAUGGAUAUUGGCCGAUUAUGAUUCACAAGAUUUGGAUUUCACGAAUCCAAAGACAUUCCGUGACUUCUCCAAACCCAUGGGCGCACAGUCCGAUGAGCGCCUAGAACAAUUCCAGAAGCGAUAUAAGGAGUGGGAUGAUCCUCAUGGCGAAACUCCGCCUUACCAUUAUGGAACUCAUUACAGUUCAGCAAUGAUUGUGUGCUCGUAUCUUGUGCGGUUGGAACCCUUUACACAACAUUUCCUUCGUCUGCAAGGCGGUCAUUUCGAUUUGGCCGAUAGAAUGUUUCACAGUAUCAAAGAGGCGUGGCUUUCCGCAUCCAAGUACAAUAUGGCUGAUGUGAAGGAGUUAAUUCCUGAGUUUUUCUAUUUGCCUGAGUUUUUGGUUAAUUCCAAUAAUUUUGAUUUGGGAACAAAACAAAACGGCGAUUCAUUGAAUCAUGUUGUUUUGCCGCCGUGGGCGAAGCAAGAUCCGCGUGAGUUUAUUCGGAUGCAUCGCAGUGCCUUAGAGUGCGAUUAUGUUAGUCAAAAUUUACAUUUGUGGAUAGAUUUGAUAUUCGGCUGUAAGCAACAAGGACCUGGAGCUGUUGAAGCUGUUAAUGUAUUUCAUCAUCUGUUUUACGAAGGAAAUGUUGAUAUUUAUAACAUCGAUGACCCAUUGAAAAAGAACGCCACCAUCGGAUUCAUCAAUAAUUUCGGUCAAAUUCCUAAACAACUCUUCAAAAAACCGCAUCCAUCUAAGAAAAUGACCAACUCACGACAUUCCGUUAUCGAUCCCACACCACUCAUGUCGAACGCAGCUGUUCCACAACCAGAUAAACUCUUUUUCCACAAUCUGGACAAUCUGAAACCCAGCCUGCAACCAAUCAAGGAGCUGAAAGGGCCUGUCGGGCAAAUACUGCAACCCGAUAAAACUGUCUUUGCAGUUGAACAAAAUAAAGUGAUGAUGCCUCCGUCGUAUACUCGUUACAUAGCUUGGGGUUUUGCAGAUCAUUCGUUGCGAAUUGGAAUUUAUGAUUCGGAUCGAGCUUUGUUUGUUUGUGAAGCAGCAGCACAAAAUUCAGGAGAGAUAUUGACUUGUGCGUGUCCGAAUGCAAAGAUGAUUGUGACGGCUGGGACAAGCUCGGUGGUUACUAUCUGGAAAUUUGAUGCGAAUCGGAAGACGUUGUCUGUGAAGCAUUCGUUGCAUGGUCAUACGGAUGCAGUGACUUGUCUGGCAGCUAAUGCUGCGUAUAAUGUCAUCGUUUCGGGGUCGAGAGAUGGAACGGCUAUAGUCUGGGAUAUGUCUCGGUUUACGUUUGUACGUCAGCUACGUGGACAUGUAGGUGUUGUGGCGGCUGUGGCAGUGAAUGAUUUGACGGGUGAUAUCGCAACAUGCUCCGCUACCUGGCUUCAUGUUUGGUCGAUUAAUGGCGACGCAUUGGCAACAGUGAAUACAAGUGUGGGAAGCGCUGACCGGAUGCAGCAAAUUCUGUGCGUAGGAUUUUCGGCGACGAGGGAAUGGGAUCAACAAAAUGUUAUCAUUACAGGAUCUACAGAUGGUGUUGUUCGGAUGUGGUCCCUCGAGUAUGUUCAAGUUCCAAUCGAGCGUAAAUUGAAACGAACACAGGAAGUGACAUCAGUCGAGAAACCAGCAUCACAAGACAGUGAUGAUUCAAAACCAGCUGCAGACAAAUCCAAGAAAUUGGACCUUUUCAAACAAAUGAGCCUAUCCGCGGAGGGAAAUGAUAUUGUAAAGUCAGCAUCUGAGAGUAGCAUAUCCGAAGCAUGUGAUCUAUCUGACAAAUCCUCAUCAAAAUCAAAUGAUUCAGACAAACGUGAUGAAAACACAGCUACAGUGGUGGAAGAUAACAAUGAAAGCCUAAAAGAAAAACGAAAAAAUAGCAUGGCAGGGACCAAAUCAUUACAUGAAAUGAAACAUGUUGUCGAAGAAGAUGCUCGUGCAUUGGAGAAAGCUGGAAGUUUAGUCGAGAAGACAACAACUGAGGACAAAAAAGAACAAGAAAGGACAAUAAGACCAAGCAAAUCAGAUACAAGCUUAACAGAUUCAUUUGUUGUGGUUGACAAUGACUAUAAGAAGCGCAACACCAGCGAAAAUAUACUUCGAAAAGGAUUCAAAUGGCAAAGGCAAUUGGUUUUCCGAUCGAAGCUAACGAUGCAUACUGCAUAUGAUCGGAAAGAUAAUGCCGAACCGGCAAGUAUUACAGCUUUAACUGUUUCAAAAGACCACAAAGUGUUGUACAUAGGUGAUGCCCGCGGUCGGAUUUUCUCUUGGAGUGUGACUGAGCAACCAGGAAGGGGAGUUGCUGACCAUUGGCUUAAGGAUGAAGGAGCUGAUCAAUGUGUUAAAUGUCACGUGAAGUUUACUAUCUAUGAACGUAAGCACCAUUGUCGGAAUUGCGGACAAGUGUUCUGUAACAAAUGCAGUCGGUUCGAAUCGGAAAUUUCUCGUCUUCGUAUCCUGAAACCGGUGCGUGUAUGUCAAGCAUGCUACGGACAACUCCGGCACAAUUCAUCUGAAUCAUAAAUCGUUCAAUCUUUCACGGUUAUUGACUCUCACUACUUAACUUCGUAAUCAUUUAAUUGUUAGACUCACUCUGUCCCGUACAUACGUAGAAGUCAUCGCGACACUGUAGGCAUGUUAUAUCCUUUAGGAGUAACAAAAUAGGCGUAGAAAGUAAACCCAAUUUCGAGAAAAAACAAUAAUUAAAGUGUAAUAAUUACUAAAGGUCAUUGUGGAGGUAACUAAUUAUGCAAUGUCAAAACAAUAAGAAUAGUAUUUAACAGUUUUAGAGGAUAUUUCUAUAUUAUGAAAGAUAUAUUUGAGGUAUUGAACAAAGUGUAAACAAGAAAUUGUAUCUAGAGUUCUAGUUAAGCGUAAAGUGGCGAAAAGAUGUGAAGCAAGUUGUAACGGAAAGAAGAUUAAUUAUGUAUAUGUAUGUAUUUAUCAUUAGGCAGGCAAUGCAAAAGCAGAAAGUGGCAUAUGUAUAAAAGUACACCAUCGUUUAUUAAUCUUGUAAGUAGAGAAAUUGUUUAUGAAUCCUUUAUAUAUUCAACAACAGCAAAAACUCUUAUGAUUAAGUGAAUUUUGUAAUGCUCUCCCCCUCUUGCGUAGGCAGCACGUACACACAAAGUCAGGGCACAUAACCGAACAAAUUGUUUUGGUCCGCAUUUAGAAAUCACGUUUCAUUCAUUAGGGGAGUAUUUUUUCAGUCUGGAGAGUAGUAAAGAAAGGAAACUGUCGAAAAUUCAACAGAAAAUCAAAGCUAAGAUCUUAACAUCAAAAUUUAUUUAGUGACUUUUGUUUUAUGGCCCCAAUUGAAACAUGUGGACUUGGUUAAGCAUUUUCAUGGUCAUCCGAAGUGUAAUGAACAAGUCCCUGCAGAUACAAGAAAAUUUAUUACUCAUCUGCGCUACUCAUUCGGCUGAAAAGAUUUCAUCUAAGGUAAUUUUUUAGUAUUCAAACCUUUUAAGUCAAAUCCUCCCAUUUACCCAAUGAGAAGCACGACUUGAAUCUCUUAAAUAUUGAAAUAAUUCACGAGACAAUGAAGACAGUAACACAUCAAAAUUUUGGAAAUUAACAUUAUGAUAACCAGUAACUUCGGGAAUAAAACAAACUGUUUGGACUAUCUUGGUAAGACUGAAAAAAAGAUGAUAAAAGGAAAGAUGAUAAAAGUAAAAUGCAACUCAAACUCUAUUCUGUUGCGUUGUUGGUGAUUUUUCUGCAAAAAUAAAUAAGCAAAAAGUUGACGUAGUUUAUAAACCAAAUAUUUUAAACUAAAUUUUUUAUUUUGUUGCAUUUAUAUCUUAUUAUUAGUUUUUAUAAAUUAAAUUGUAUUUAAAAAUUACUCUCAAACUAUUGACAUAUUUAUUGUGAUGAAUUUAUUUAUUGGAAAGCUAUAACUGUGUUUACAAUGAUUUUAAUUAGGUGGUUAAUUGGUAGAUUUUAAGAUUAAAGUGCAUAUUUUCACUGUCUCUACUUUACUUAAGCAUUGGUUUUCCCUAGAAAUACAUUGACUGGCUUAGCUUGAAACUAACAUUGAGAUUUCUCUAUAAUUUCAAAAAUUCGCUAAUCGAUCAUAUUUGCAAUAAGGACAGUAUUAAAUUAGUAUACCAGAUUCCUUGUGUUUGUUCACCUGAAAAAUUCCUUCAUCUGUAUUAAUCGUAUCUCCAUACAUGUGUAAUCACCAUCCCGUCUCUCCCAAAAACAAUAUCGUGUACAAUAAUAGCAAUUAAAUUUGAGGAAAUAAAGAAAAAAAUAGAGAGAAAUUAUAAUUAAUAUUUAUAAAGAGUAGGAAAGUGAUUUAAAUGAGAAUAUAUGAUAAUUGGAAGUAUUGA